CUGUGUGGACCAUAGGCAAUAUUGGUCAUGAACAAGGGCAGCUAAAGUGGGCUAUGAUUGGAGCUUUUAUUACGUUACCUAUCUCACUUUUACAUCCACCUGUUGCAAACUGGAGUGUGAUAUGUUCUUCUUUGCUGUUUAAUAUGAAUGCAAAAGAGUGGCGAAGGACACCCCAUCCCAAUACUCAUUUUUGCAAAAGAAUGAUGGUUUUGACAAUGAGUUGUUUACUAAUGAGCAGUUUGUGGGCCUCAGCAUUAUAUUUCAACGCAACAGUAACAGACAAACAAGGAGAGCCAUCAAACUGAGAGAUGCUGCCAAG